AGAGGAAGCGAACGAAACGAAGCAAAAUAUCGUCGGUCGUUCUGCUUGUUUUGCUUGUAAAAUGUGGACUAUAUUAAAGCAAAUAAUCUGAAAAUGUUUAAAGUAAGCGGACCUUUGUUUCACAAGUUCCAUUUCCAAAUAUAUACUCAAACAAACGCUGGUAUAAAUUCAGUGAAAACAACUUGGAACACAUAUAGCCGCAUCACAAGUUGUGCUGGAUUGCAUUUAUCGCAAAUAUUGUCCCCGUGGCGUUUACAAUUGCAGCAGUCCCUGCGUGGAAAGCAUUCGUUAGCGCGCACUCAACCCGGACCGUUUGUUUCUGGAAACUGUCACUGCAACAGGAUAAAAUUACUGUCACAUAACCGAAGAUUGAAUAUUGCUGCCUCAUCGCAACUGCAAACUAGGUUACCUUACUGGCCUAAUUCCUACACAACUUCCCAGCACUAUCAGAGAGGCAUCGCUUCAUCUCGUUCUUGUUUGAUAAAGCAAUUUUGCACAGUAUCAAAUUUUGAUAGUGUGAGUGACCAUCAAUCCGGUCAAGAUAAACGUGCUAGUGGAGCGAUAAGUGUGAACAGUUUCGGUGGUUGUUUCAAUUCCGGCACGAUGUCAUCCAAACCUGCUUUCCAGCGGCUGCCCACUGAUGUAGUACCGGAGCACUACAAUUUGACGCUGAAGCCAAACUUGAAAUCUUUUACCUUCGAGGGAAAUACGUCCGUGCGGGUCCAGAUAAAAUCGCCAGCGAAUUGCAUCACCCUGAAUUCACUGGAUCUGCAAAUUUUGGAGGCCUCCAUUCGGUACGGUACGGAAAAAACUGUACUGACAUCGAGCGAGACCAGGUUCUGUGCCGAUCAAGAGACAGCAUGCUUUGUCUUUCCUACCGAGGUGCCGGCUGGACCGGCUACACUGGAGGUUAAAUUUACUGGUGAACUCAACGACAAAAUGAAAGGAUUUUACAGGAGCAAGUAUUUUACGCCUUCGGGAGAGGAACGCUUCGCCGGAGUAACACAGUUUGAGGCGACCGAUGCGCGAAGGUGUUUCCCAUGCUGGGACGAACCUGCGAUUAAGGCAACCUUUGACAUCACACUAUUGGUGCCGAAGGAUCGCGUUGCAUUAUCCAACAUGCCUGUUGUGAGCGAAAGUGAAGCAGAUGGGCUGAGAGUUCUAAAGUUUGAUCGAACUCCUAUAAUGUCCACAUAUCUGGUAGCCGUAGUUGUCGGAGAGUUUGAUUUCGUUGAGGGUAAAACUAAGGACGGUGUACUGGUCCGAGUGUAUACUCCAAUUGGCAAAAACAAGCAAGGAUCGUUCGCUCGAGACGUAGCCAUCGAAGUGUUACACUAUUAUAACUCAUACUUUGCUAUCGAUUAUCCGUUGCCGAAAAUGGACCUAGUUGCAAUAUCAGAUUUCUCGGCUGGUGCUAUGGAAAACUGGGGACUGGUAACAUAUCGAGAAACUUUCGUACUAGUAGACUCGGAAAAUACAUCACUCAUUAGGAAACAAUCAAUAGCAUUAACCGUUGCUCAUGAAAUUGCUCAUCAAUGGUUUGGCAAUCUCGUUACGAUGGAAUGGUGGACGCAUUUGUGGCUUAACGAAGGCUAUGCUUCAUUCGCCGAAUUUCUCUGUGUCAAUCACCUGUUUCCGAGCUAUUCCAUCUGGAACCAAUUCAUAACAGACAUGUACACCCAUGCCUUAGAGUUAGAUUGCCUUAAAAAUUCUCAUCCAAUCGAGGUUCCUGUCGGUCACCCGGCAGAAAUUGAUGAGAUAUUUGAUGAAAUUAGUUACAAUAAGGGCGCAAGCGUCAUUCGAAUGCUUUACCAUUACCUGGGUGAUGAAGAUUUCAAACGCGGCAUGAACAUCUAUUUGACUCGCCACAAGUACAAAAACACAUGCACUGAGGAUUUGUGGUCAGCGUUUGAGGAAGCAAGCAAAAAACCGGUUGGAAUUAUCAUGACGACAUGGAUCAAACAGAUGGGUUUUCCGGUAGUGCGAUUGGUAUCAUCGGAACAGAAGGGUAACAAACGUACUCUCAAGUUGCAACAGGAAAAAUUUUGCGCUGAUGGGUGCCAGGCGGAGACAAAAUGUCUGUGGAUGAUUCCAAUCAUGGUAUCUACGCCAACAGCUGCUCAUGCACAUACAUUUAUAAUGGAUAAAGAAACAGUUGAGGUGACAAUUGAUGAUGUGCAGCCAAACCAGUGGAUCAAAUUGAAUCCUGCAUCGAUUGGAUACUUUCGAACUCAGUACACAACACAAAUGCUUGACCAAUUUCUUCCAGAGAUCAGCAAUAACAAGAUGCAUGCUCUAGAUCGACUUGGUUUGCUGAAUGACUUGUUCGCGCUGGUGCAAGCUGGAAGAAGUUCUACCGCGGUUGCCCUGAAAGUUAUGGAUGCUUGUCGAAACGAGCACGACUACACGGUCUGGUCCUCAAUUACUAAUUUCCUGUCAAAACUACAGCUGCUGCUGGAGAACCAUUCUGUCGAAGAACAAUUUAAAGAGUACGGUAUUCGUCUUUAUCUGCCAGUGGCAGACAAGUUGGGUUGGGCGGAGAAACCCGACGAAAAUCAUUUGGACACCCUGUUGCGCCCCCUUGUUUUUAGUCGACUGGUUUCGUUCCAAUGUCCCAAAACAUUGGCUGAAGCUCAAGCAAGAUUUGAAGCACAUGCUAGUGGUAAGAGUGUUUUACCAGCUGAUUUGAGAAGUGCUUGCUAUAAGGCCGUUCUGCAGAACGCUGAUAUGGACAAAUUCAACGAAAUGUUGCGCUUGUACCGCGCGACAGACCUUCACGAGGAAAAAGACCGUAUAUCCCGGGCCUUGGGAUCCAUUCGGCAGCCAGAGAUUCUUCGCAAAGUAAUUGACUUCGCCAUGUCCGACGAGGUACGAGCGCAAGAUUCCGUUUUCGUAAUUGCUUCGGUAGCGAUGAACCCUAAAGGACGCGAUAUGACGUGGAACUAUUUCAAGGACAACUGGAAAAUUUUGCUAGAUCGUUAUGAAGGAGGUUUUCUACUGUCUCGACUGAUCAAAUACUUGACCGAAAACUUUUCGACUGAAGAACGCGCCUUGGAAGUGGAAAACUUUUUCAAGGAGCACGAUUUUCCCGGUACGGAACGGACAGUGUCUCAAUCCAUUGAAACCAUUCGACUGAACGUGGCCUGGUUGAAGCGCGACCUGGAAGAGAUUACCGCGUAUUUGAAGAAGUAGGAGUGGACGUGGACGAGUGGACACAUCUCGAUGCUUAUCCAGCGAAACGUUUUGCCAUUACUUUUUUGUUGCAUGAAAAUCCAUUGCAUGCCUGUUUUUGGAUUAUUAGGUAAUAUUUUUUGUAUUUGUUUUUUUUUUUUAAUUUUCAUUUCAUCCAAGAUGAAAGCCAAAGUUUGGCGAAGUAGCAGUGCCAGUAGCUCAAAAGCAAUUAGAUUUAUAUGAGAAAUUAGAUGAAGCGUUAUACAAAACGUAUAAGGCUUUGAAAAAAAUAUAUCGUAUUUUAUGUAGCUAA